AUGGUCCCUCUGGUUUGAAGGGCUACAGUGUGCAGAAAGGGUAGGACAGUACCCACCUCCCUUACUGUAAUGGUCAGUGCUGUAUGACCACAUAUUGUCACAUCCCGUCUCCCAGAGCCAAAUGGACUCCUCAAUCCCUGGCUCGUAUGGUCGUUCUCUAUUGACAUCUUACUGCUGUUGAAUGGCCGGUAGUGGUACAAAAUACAGUGUUCCAUAUUCUCACGAGUACAAAAGACUAGCUAGGCAAAUUUCCAUUGAAAUUGUUUUUUAGUCCAGGAGUAGGUUGAGUCUGAGUCAUGUAAUCGGGCCUCAAUUUGAAACAAAAUGCAGAAUGAAUUAAAAAAGCUUUUAGAAGCAUAAUCAAUCUAUAGCUUCAAAAUAUAAAUAGGCUGUUGGUCCUUUAAUUUGAGAACAGUAACAGUUCUCCAGCCCAUCCCUCCGAGUGAAUUUAAUUUAGGAUUGUUUCUAGAAUGUAUUCUGUACUGUAACUGGGUUCACCACAAAACAAAGACUACAUGAAAUACAAUGCCCAUUUAUUUUCAGUUUAUUUGGACAAUAAUCUAUUGUCUGUCAUUCCUAAUAACAGCCCUUGGUUGUGUGUUAUUUACAAUAAUCCAUGUGUUCGCAUGCCUUAACUUAAUAUUUGUAUAUUCUAUUCAUCCAAUUUUUGUAAAAAGUAUCUACAGUAUAUGCAAAGCUUGCUAAAACAACUUUUGAGCAAUACUGUAGUGAGACAGCAAGCUUGGAGAAGAUGGCACAAUCGAGCUCUUUGUGCCUUGGCUCUCUGCAAUUGUUCUUUUUAUACUAUUUGCUACCCCUCCUAUCAGCUUUCAGCUCAGACUAGUGUCUGCUCUCAAUAGCCUUCUGUAUGCAGCCAGAGAAUAGAGCCCAUGCCCUGGCCCCCUCUCUUUCUCUUUAUCUCUUUCUCCACCUCCUCUCCAUCUCUCGUUCCCUCUUUCUUUUUCCCUUUGUGUCUCUCCCUCCCCUCUCGUUCUCUUUUUAACACAAACAAGUGCAAGUCCUGACAAGGAGCCUGAUGUCACAGUUGGCUGUAUUCAGCUGAAUCUCGUUCAGAGUCGAAAGUGGAGCAGGAGAAUCAGGUGUGCGUAAUAUACAGAGAGAGAGAGAGCGCACCUGCCAUAUGAAUUGGCUAUGGAGCGUUGGGCAUAACAUGUAAUGAAAAGGAAAUCAUUUUACCAUGUGGUGGGGUUGUGACACCGUGUGUGACCCGACGAGCAGACACAAGCAACCAGUGGACCGGACAGCUCCUCUGAGACGCACUGCUAUGCACUCUAAGGAGAAACAACAGUCUUAGGUUUUAACUUCAGUUGCAUUUUUCAUCUAACUGCAGUUGCGGGAUUUAUGCACAACAGGAUAACUUCUAUUUGGGACCAUGGUUGGCAAGCAGGGGAGGCAAUGGAGGUCGAUGUGCAAAGGCCUUGUCCUGGGUACCCUACUCACUAGCUGUAUGAUCCUGCUCUACUGCCUUUCUGCUCCACAGGCCCACUUCAACCUGCCUGAGGGUCCAGUGCCUUACUCCUGUUCCCAUCGACCUGCUCAAGCCCACACCAGACUUUUCAAAAACAGCUCACACCAUUCACCUGGGCAGACAGGCAUCUGCACUCCCAAAGUGGACAUCAUGUUCAUGAAAACCCACAAGACAGCUAGCAGCACACUCCUCAACAUCCUCUUCCGAUUCGGAGAGAAGCACCGGCUCAAGUUUGCCUUCCCAAACAGCCGUAAUGACUUCUUCUACCCCUACCCAUUCCAGCGCUCCCAGGUCAAGGACUACAGGCCUGGCAUGUGCUUCAAUAUCAUCUGCAACCACAUGCGCUUCAACGCACCUGAGGUGGCCAAGGUGCUUCCUACAGACACCUCCUAUAUCACCAUCCUCAGAGACCCGGCUGAGCUCUUUGAAUCCUCCUUCCACUACUUUGGCCGCCUGGUGCCCAUGACCUGGAAAAUACCAGGCGAGGACAAGUUGGGGGAGUUCCUGCGCGACCCCCGCCACUACUUUGACCCCAAUGGCUUCAACUCCUUCUACCUCAAGAAUCUGCUGUUCUUCGACUUUGGGCAGGAAAACACUCUGGAGCUGGGCGACCCGCGGGUAGAGGAGGGCAUCCGGACCAUCGCAGGCCGCUUCCAGCUGGUCAUGCUGGUGGAGCACUUUGAUGAGUCCCUCAUGCUGCUCAAGGACGCCCUCUGCUGGGAGAUGGACGACCUGCUCUUCUUCAAGCUCAAUGCCCGGAAGGACUCCACCGUGUCUAAACUGACCCCGGAGCUGAGGGUCAAGGCCCUGCAGUGGAAUGCCGUGGACUGGAGGCUUUACCAACACUUUAACGUCACCUUCUGGAGGAAGGUGGAUGCAUACGGACGCCAGCGAAUGGCCGACGAUGUGGCGGAGCUCCAGAGGAGGAACGCAGUGAUGGCGGCAGUCUGUAUCGAGGGAGGCCAUGCUGUGGACGCAGGGAGCAUCCAGGAGACAGCCAUGCAGCCCUGGCAGCCCAUCGGGGAGAAGUCAAUCAUGGGCUACAACCUGAAAAAUAAUGUGGACAAGGCCCACCGCAAGCUGUGCCUUAAGAUGCUCACCCCAGAGCUGCAGUACCUGACGGAGCUGGGGGUCAACCUUUGGAUCACUAAACUGUGGGGUCAUGUGAGAGACGUGAUCAACUGGUGACUAGAGGGUGAUUAGAGAGACACGAGCCAUGGGCCAAGAGAGUGCGGCUGUGGGUGUGUGCCUGCUUGUGUGAGAGCCCCUAUUGGAUUGCAUAGCCUCCAAGGCCUGAAUGACUGCAGAAGAUCAUAAGGGGUUUGGUUUUGCAUAGCCUUCUCAAUCAUGGUAUGAUGGACUCUUCCUCUGUGUCAGCAGUAUUGACUUGUUUGCCUUAAAUACAGUACAUGUUUGCAGUAUGUAAUGUACCUGAUAGGUGCUUGAGAACCGCAACGUUUGCGUUAGAAUCUGAAGAUAAGCAUAAGCAUCCCUCUUUAAAAUGUACGUGUUUAUAGGUAUAGUAUACUGAAUACCCUUUAUACCCUCAGCCCUGCCAAUCUUAGAGUAUUUUUUAAAUAAAGACUAAAUUAAAAAGAUGUCUGUUGAUUUGACUUAUCAAGGUUGUUCGCAAAGUUAAUUGUUAAAAAAUGAUGUCUUGAUGUGCAUUUUGCUUUACUUUUCAAGACGUAUAUCUAGAAAUCACAUCAUCUCAAUUUUACACCCACUUUAGACGUCAUGUUUGUAACAACAUAAUUGUAAUAACACCAGGUCAUGUAAUAACUUAUAAUAUUGUACUACUUUACUCCCACUUUAGAAGUCAUGCUUGUAACAACAGAUAAUUGUAAUAACACCAUGUCAUGUAAUAACUUUUAAUAAUGUACUACUCUUUCUGGAUUAUGUUAUAAAUCGCCAGAUAACGUAAUUGUUUAACAGAUAACAUAAUACCCUUUUCUUGAUAACGUAAUAAUAUUACAUUUUUCUGUGAUUAUUCUGUGAAUAAAAAAGUAGUAGACCAAUUAGUAGAACAUCUGUAGAAAAAAGAUCCGAAAUAGGCUGCCUGUGUUAACGCAGCCCAUGUGAUUCAGUUGAACCGGCAGCAUGCCGACCUUACCCUGUCUCUGUCUCCCAAACAGGAGUAUGUAGCUUGAUGGGAUAUCUCAGCGCAUAGGCUCUUUUCUAUACAUUGCUUCUGUCUUUGAUUGGUCAGCUUCCGGGAGGAGGAGGAGUGUGGUUGGCAAGGGAAGUAGGUGUGGGUAAUAAACUACAAGUCAUGCAGAUAGAAUAAGAUGAAAAGUAGAAAUAUAGGAUGUUUUUUCCUUGUUCUUUAUUUUCUUCAUUUAUUUAAAGGUUUUGGGCUACUAUCCCAUUGGGUGUGAUUUGUCU